CGGCCGCGCUGCCCUGACAAGGCGGGGAGGGGAGGGCUGGACCGGCCGGCGGCCGGAGGACCAUGCCGAACUUCUGCGCUGCCCCCAACUGCACACGGAAGAGCACGCAGUCUGACCUGGCCUUCUUCAGAUUCCCGCGGGACCCGGCCAGAUGCCAGAAGUGGGUUGAAAAUUGUAGGAGAGCAGACUUAGAAGAUAAAACACCUGAUCAACUCAAUAAACAUUAUCGACUAUGUGCCAAACACUUUGAGACCUCUAUGAUCUGUAGAACUAGUCCUUAUCGCACAGUUCUUCGAGAUAAUGCAAUACCCACAAUAUUUGAUCUUACCAGUCAUUUGAACAAUCCACAUAGCAGACACAGAAAACGAAUAAAAGAAUUGAGUGAAGAUGAAAUCAGGACUCUGAAACAGAAAAAAAUUGAGGAAACUUCUGAACAAGAACAGGAAACUAACAGCAAUGCUCAGAACCCCAGUGCAGAAGUGGGGAACCAGCAGGAUGGAAAUGUGUUGCCUUUAACCCUUGAAGAGAAGGAGAACAAAGAGUACCUCAAAUCAUUAUUUGAGAUUCUGAUUCUCAUGGGAAAGCAGAACAUACCCUUGGAUGGGCACGAGGCUGACGAGAUCCCAGAGGGUCUCUUUGCUCCAGAUAACUUCCAGGCACUCCUAGAGUGCCGUAUCAAUUCUGGAGAAGAAGUCCUAAGGAAGCGCUUUGAGACCACGGCGGUCAACACGUUAUUCUGUUCUAAAACCCAGCAGAGGCAGAUGCUGGAGAUCUGUGAGAGCUGCAUUCGGGAGGAGACACUCAGGGAAGUGAGAGACUCACACUUCUUUUCCAUUAUCACAGACGACGUGGUAGACAUAGCAGGAGAAGAGCACCUGCCCGUGCUGGUGAGGUUUGUCGAUGAUGCUCAUAACCUGAGAGAGGAGUUUGUGGGAUUUCUGCCAUAUGAAGCUGACGCAGAGAUUUUGGCUGUGAAAUUUCACACUACAAUAACCGAGAAAUGGGGAUUGAAUAUGGAAUAUUGUCGUGGUCAGGCUUACAUUGUGUCCAGUGGAUUUUCUUCCAAAAUGAAAGUUGUUGCUUCAAGACUUUUAGAAAAAUAUCCCCAGGCCGUCUACACCCUCUGUUCUUCCUGUGCCUUAAAUGCAUGGUUGGCAAAGUCUGUCCCUGUGAUCGGGGUGUCUGUGGCUUUAGGAACCAUUGAGGAAGUCUGUUCUUUUUUCCAUCGAUCACCACAGCUGCUUUUAGAACUUGACAACGUAAUUUCUGUUCUUUUCCAGAAUAGUGAAGAGCGAGGUAAAGAACUGAAGGAAAUUUGUCAUUCACAGUGGACAGGCAGGCACGAUGCCUUUGAAAUCUUGGUGGAUCUCCUGCAAGCACUUGUCUUAUGUUUAGAUGGUAUAAAUAGCGACACAAAUAUUAGGUGGAAUAACUAUAUAGCUGGACGAGCGUUUGUACUCUGUAGUGCAGUGACAGAUUUCGAUUUCAUUGUUACCAUUGUUGUUCUUAAAAAUGUGUUAUCUUUUACGAGGGCCUUUGGGAAGAAUCUCCAGGGACAAACCUCUGAUGUCUUCUUCGCAGCCAGCAGCUUAACUGCCGUACUGCACUCACUUAAUGAGGUGAUGGAAAACAUCGAAGUUUAUCAUGAGUUUUGGUUUGAGGAAGCCACAAAUUUAGCAACCAAACUUGACAUUCAAAUGAAGCUGCCAGGGAAGUUCCGGAGAGCCCAACAAGGUAACCUGGAAUCUCAGCUAACCUCCGAGAGUUACUAUAAAGAUGCUCUCAGUGUUCCAACAGUAGAGCACAUUAUUCAGGAACUUAAAGAUAUUUUCUCUGAACAGCACCUCAAAGCUCUGAAGUGCCUGUCUCUGGUACCCUCAGUGAUGGGGCAGCUCAAGUUUAACACAUCCGAAGAGCACCAUGCUGAUAUGUACAGAAGUGACCUACCCAAUCCUGACACGCUCUCUGCCGAGCUUCACUGUUGGAGAAUCAAGUGGAAACACAGAGGAAAAGAUAUCGAGCUCCCGUCCACCAUUUAUGAAGCCCUCCAUCUUCCUGACAUCAAGUUUUUCCCUAAUGUAUAUGCUUUGCUGAAGGUCUUAUGUAUUCUUCCUGUGAUGAAAGUUGAGAAUGAGCGCUAUGAAAAUGGACGAAAGCGUCUCAAAGCAUACCUGCGGAACACUCUGACAGACCAGAGGUCAAGCAAUUUGGCUUUGCUUAACAUAAAUUUUGAUAUAAAACAUGAUUUAGAUUUAAUGGUGGACACAUACAUCAAACUCUAUACAAAUAAAUCAGAGCUUCCUACAAAUAAUUCAGAAACCAUUGAAAAUACCUAAAAGAUUUUAAAAAUGGCUGUUGUCUUAUUUUGCUGUUUGGAAGAAAAGCUGCAAGGUAUAGUAGGCCAGUUAAUGACUUGCCAUAGACCUCCAGUUUAACAUAUCAAUUAGCUAUUGGGAAUCCACAUAUUUAAAUGGCCCCUGUUUGAACUCUCAUGCUCUCAGUACCUGUCUGUUCUUCCAGAAGUUGGCAUUGGGAGUACCAAAAUGCCUCUCUGCUAGAGGCACUCUGGAAAUGUUUUAGUUAAAAGUCAUUUUAGAUCUGACAUCAUCACUGUUGAUCCGGUUGUCAGUUAUUAAGUUAUCAGGUCUUUGGAAAAUGAAUUUUGUGAGAGAAAUACAUUUUAUAACGUGUCAUGAUGAAAUACACCAUUGACUUUUGACUUGGAGUUACAGGUGUUUAAAAUCUGUGGUAGCAGCACUUGGAAGGCAGAGGCAUGAGGAUGACAUGUUUUAGGCCAGCCUGCACACAUAGUGAGAAACAAGUGAGGCCCGGGGUGGAGCUUAGUGUGGAGCUCUUGCCUAGCAUGUGCAAGCCCUAGGCUCUUGCCUCGGUGUGGCAAAAGCAAAACCAACAGAUCAGCUUGUGAUGGGUAGUCACGGGAAGUAAGGACAGCCUCCUGCGCAGGUUCUGUCAGGGCAGAAGAGCCUCAAAGGAGCAAGUUAAAGUAAGAAUGGCAGAGCCGGGCACUGGCCCCUCAUUUGAUUGUUGCUGUUUACAUUCCUUUGCUGAGCCCACAUUUUCAUAAGCGUUUUGUUAUUCUCUCUGCUUGGUGGAGAAGACAGACCCAGAGGCCAUCCAUAAUAGGCAACUGACUUGUCUGUUUUCUUCUUUUUACAUGAUUAUGUCUACUGCCUCAUCUUGAUUUAUCAGCAAAACCUACAGAAAUAAAUGUUUUGUGGUUUAUCUUAAAAAUAAUACAGAAAAUAUUGCUGUUAUUUUUGGUGAAUAAAAUUAAUUUUGUAUAGUUUAUUUCAAUCUAAAUAAAAUGUGAAUUUUGUUUAAAUUUCAG